AUGUCGGAUUUCGACAGCAACCCUUUCGCGGACCCAGACCUUAACAACCCUUUCAAGGAUCCUUCUGUUACACAAGUGACUAGAAAUGUUCCACCAGGAUUAGAUGAAUACAACCCUUUCUCAGAUUCCAGAACACCACCACCAGGAAAUGUCAAAAUUCCUAACGUGCCCAAUACACAACCUGCUAUAAUGAAACCAACUGAGGAACCACCUGCUUACACUCAAAUUGCAAAGGAGCAUGCCUUGGCCCAAGCUGAACUGCUUAAGCGACAGGAAGAAUUAGAGCGAAAAGCAGCUGAACUAGACCGCAGGGAAAGAGAAAUGCAGAGUCUCAAUCAGCAGGGAGGAAGAAAGAAUAAUUGGCCUCCACUGCCAGGAAAUUUCCCGGUGGGCCCUUGUUUUUACCAGGAUUUCUCAGUAGACAUCCCCGUGGAGUUCCAAAAAACAGUAAAGAUUAUGUACUAUUUAUGGAUGUUCCAUGCUGUGACAUUAUUUCUUAAUAUUUUUGGAUGUCUAGCCUGGUUUUGCCUUCAGCCCAGGGGAGGAGUAGACUUUGGACUGAGUAUUCUCUGGUUCUUGCUUUUUACCCCAUGUUCAUUUGUCUGCUGGUAUAGACCACUUUAUGGAGCCUUCAGGAGCGAUAGUUCUUUCAGGUUCUUUGUUUUCUUCUUUGUAUACAUUUGUCAAUUUGCUGUGCAUGUCCUUCAAGCUGUAGGAUUCCAAGGUUGGGGGAACUGUGGAUGGAUUUCAUCUCUCACUGGACUUAACCAGAGUGUUCCAGUAGGCAUUAUGAUGAUAGCCAUAGCAGCACUUUUUACAGCUUCUGUGGUCAUCUCACUAAUUAUGUUUAAAAAGGUACAUGGUUUAUACCGUACAACUGGAGCAAGUUUUGAGAAGGCCCAACAAGAAUUUGCAACGGGUGUGAUGACCAACAAAACUGUACAAACUGCUGCAGCAAAUGCUGCCUCAACAGCAGCAACCAGUGCUGCUCAAAAUGCUUUCAAGGGUAAUCAAAUAUAGACAAAAGAAAUGAAACACAUUACAAAAUUCUGGCUGUACUUUAUUUUUCAGUCCCUAAAGACUUAUGUUUAAAAUGCACACAGCAUGUAUGUCUUUUCAGCUGUGCAUGGGCUAAGACAGAAAAAUAUCAUUUCAUUCCUUUUAGAAUUUUUUAAUGAGAAGUUCUUCCUAGCUACUCUAUUACCUUACAAUAGUUAUUUUUUUCUCCAUAUUUUUGGAGGUACAUGAUAUUUGAUGAAAAUUAAAACAGUAGCUUUAAAAUUCAUACUACAAGUUUAGCUUCUAAGAUAAGCAAACAUUUUUGUUUUUCCAUGGUGUGUCGCUCUCCGUGGAACUGUUCCUCCUGACUUGAGAAAAGCACUUUGAAUUAAUCCUGUUCAUAACACUUUGCUUCCCUGUUUUCGUAAGAAACAAAAGCUGACAAUUUUGAACAUUAACUUUUAGCUGCUGCUUUGUAGCUCCAGCAGCUGAUGAAGGACAGACGUAAGCUUAAAAUAAGUAUGAUAGAUAAUGUAAAUUCUUUUUUUAGGAGAAUAGAUUUUUUUAAUACUUGGAGUCUGCAUGAAAAAAAUUUGACCAUGCUGCACUAGUGUUCUGGUCCAGAAAUUGUCUAUCAGUCUGGUUAUAGUAUUUGUUAAGAUCUGUUUUCAUGGUGUAUAUAGUGUUCUAACUAGAUAUCUUGGAGCACAGAUAUCUUCAUCCAAGUAAUGCAACAUGAAGUGAAAAGAAUUAUGUUUUAACUGAGGCAGAGUUAUAUUUGUUCUUUUUGAUUUCACUAUUCAUGACUAGGAAGCACAUAUUUCUAAACAGAAUCUGUUUAGCAAUAUUUAAAACACUAAUAAUAGCUAGUCCAUUCUGACUUGUGUUAAAUUGUAGUGGAAUUUAUUUUGUGCUUCAGAAUUUUGACAUUUUUAAAGUGUGCAUUUGUGUUUAAUGCUAUUAUAUCAUUAGUCUUGUCAGUCACUCUGUUUAGUAUUUGUAUAAACAUCUGAAUAUUCAGUAACUUAUUUAAAUUUUUAACAUUACUAUAGACCCUAAUUAGGCUUUUAAACAUUGAUAAUUAUGUACUUGAAUUCUUUUAACAUACUUCAGCCUUCAUAUAAGAUUUAAUCUGAAUAAGUGCAUUUUAUUAAAUGCAAAUUGAAGAUACACUUUAUCUCAAUUAGUUUAGUGUGGUGCUAUAUGACAGCUUUUUCUUAUUUUAAUUCUUCAUAUUCUAAGACUUAAUUACCUCUUCAGGUCACUGUUUCCUUUUUGAGUUUCUAAAUUCUAGGUGUUAAUAUAUGAUAAUUUGAAACAUACUAUGGAUUAACCACUUGAAUGGUAUUACAUUCCUGUCAUUAAGAGAUUUUUAUUUUU